CUGCCCUCCUGAUUGGUCCCCUUGCCGAGCUGCUCACGGGUUCAUUCAACUGUUAAGCACCUCCCCGUCUCUCUAAAGGACAUUAUAAUGCAAGAAGCCCCCUUUUUAACCACAAACCGAAUUUUCUUUCAUUUAGGUGAUCUAUAUAUAUCUAUAUCGUAUAGCUUAUAGCUUAUAUCUAUUUUAAAUAACUUAAAGCCGCUAAAAUUUGGGGGGGAACAGCUUUCGCCCUGGAGCGGUGCGCGAUGCUGUCUCACGCCGACCUCCUGGACGCCAGGCUAGGUAUGAAAGAUGCUGCCGAGCUUCUGGGCCACCGGGAGGCGGUGAAGUGUAGGCUGGGCGUGGGGGGCUCCGACCCUGGGGGCCAUCCGGGGGACCUAGCGCCCAACUCCGACCCAGUCGAGGGAGCCACUCUGCUGCCCGGGGAGGACAUCACUACAGUGGGCUCCACGCCGGCCUCGCUGGCGGUGAGCGCAAAGGACCCGGACAAACAGCCGGGGCCCCAGGGAGGCCCGAACCCCAGCCAAGCCGGCCAGCAGCAGGGCCAACAGAAGCAGAAGCGCCACCGGACGCGCUUCACCCCGGCGCAGCUCAACGAGUUGGAGAGGAGCUUCGCGAAGACUCACUACCCCGACAUCUUUAUGCGCGAGGAGCUGGCGCUGCGUAUCGGGCUGACGGAAUCCCGAGUGCAGGUCUGGUUCCAGAACCGGCGCGCUAAGUGGAAGAAACGCAAGAAGACCACCAACGUGUUCCGCGCGCCGGGAACUCUGCUGCCCACACCAGGCCUGCCUCAGUUUCCGUCAGCCGCCGCCGCCGCCGCCGCCGCUAUGGGCGACAGCCUGUGCUCUUUCCACGCCAACGACACCCGCUGGGCGGCGGCCGCCAUGCCGGGCGUAUCACAGUUGCCGCUGCCGCCGGCUCUGGGCAGGCAGCAAGCUAUGGCGCAGUCGCUGUCCCAGUGCAGCCUGGCGGCCGGGCCGCCGCCCAACUCCAUGGGCCUGUCCAACAGCCUGGCGGGCUCCAACGGCGCGGGGCUGCAGUCGCACCUCUACCAGCCCGCCUUCCCCGGCAUGGUGCCCGCCUCCCUCCCCGGCCCCAGCAACGUCUCCGGCUCGCCCCAGCUCUGCAGCUCCCCGGACAGCAGCGACGUGUGGCGGGGCACGAGCAUCGCCUCCCUCCGCCGCAAGGCGCUAGAGCACACAGUCUCCAUGAGCUUCACUUAAUGCAGCCGCGCCCCAGCCCGCU